GGGGCAGCAGAGCCACUCACGCUGCCCUGGACACACCAGGCACUCCCAUGACCCACUGGGGACUGAGGGGAGGUGUGACAGUGCCACGAGCAGGGAGGACAGCUGUGUCCAGGAGUGGGGAGUUCUGCCCCUGCUGCAGGCACUCGGGGCUGGACUCACAGGCCUGUGCUGCAUUUGCCAGCUGGGAAUCUGGGAAACCUGGAAGGGAGGACAGAUGCGACCGAAGAAGCCCGGCCAUGUCCCCGCUGCCGGAGGCGGAGCUGGUGCGCAGCUCGGUGCAGCUGUACCGGUACCUGCUGCGCUGCUGCCGCCGCCUGCCCCAGGGCCACAUCCAGCAGCACUACCGACACGCCAUCAGGCAGAGUUUCAAAGUUCAUGCUGAUGAAGACGAUCCUGAGCGAAUCCAGCAGAUCAUUAAAAGAGCCAUUGAAGAUGCUGACUGGGUGAUGAAUAAAUAUAAAAACCAGAAGUAGAAGAGGAAGGAUGAAGCCAAGAAGGACAUUGUUCAAGAGGGAAAGGACCACGGAGCUGGAAGGUGCAGCCGUGGCAUGUCUGCAGCUCCAAAUGUCUGAGGUACCAGCUGGGAUAUGGGAACGUCAGACCAAAGGUAUGAUAGAUGUAACUGAUAUGGAGGACCAGGAUCUGUGAAUUACAGGGUUUGGAAAGUGCUAGAGCAUUCAAUUCUCAGUAGAGUGCAGACGGGGAACGUGGUUGGUGAGGCAGAAGACAUCAUGACUAAAUAUUUUGAUAGUAGUGAUUCAACAGGAGGCAUGAGGAGAUGUCUGAGGGAUUUUUGUUGGGGGGUUUUUGUACAAACAUAAUCUGGUUUUCAAAAUAAAAAAAACUUUUAAUAGAGUCAAAGAUAAUUUUUAUUUACUCAAUAUACAAAUAAUUUUCCAGAUGGUGAGGAGAUAUGAUGCUAACAACUAUUUACUUCCUUGUAAUAGUGAAAGUAACCCCAGUGCCUCAGACAUAUUUCUGUAAUGACUGAACUGAAGAGCCAUUGAGCUGCAGAGCUGAGGUUUUUAUCUUUUCGAGACAUUGUACAAGUUCCAUUCUAGCCCACAUGUAGAUGAGAACCUGAACUCUGAAAGGGAUUUUGGGCAGAGCUUCAGUACUUUUGACCAAAAUUACUAUUCCAGAAACUUCUGCUCAGAAGUCAUUUAACUCUGGAGUUGCCCAAAUUUAUCACUCACUGAUCUGUCUGACCUGAGAGUUACACGGUGAAUUGAGUUCUCUUCACCUGUGUUUGAGCAGCACUCUGCCUCUCUGCCACCCAGCCCUGCUGAGCCUGAGGAACUGUUCCCGUGGUGCCACUGUGCUGGCAAUUGCUGCCCAUGGUGAGAAAGACACGGUCACAGGCACCGUCCUCCCGGGUUCUGCCAUGGCAAUUGGGAAGAAAAUAGCAACCCCAAAUAGACUGGUGCAUCUGCGUUCCCAUAAUCAGUCCUCCAGAAUCUCUGAACGUAAAGAUGGUGGGUAAAUGAGGCUGUGUUGCAUUUUGUAAUUACUGUUGAAGAGUUUAAAAAACUUGUGAUGCUCAUGAGGCUGCUGACAGAGCAAGGGAUACUGUCAGUGAAAGGACACAAGUGUAUUCAUAGGCUUCAGUUUCUUUUACUGCAAUGAGGAACCCAUUUCUGCACCAGUUCUGGUAAAUGAUGGGCUGUUGAUAGGUGGUUACAGUAAACAAAUGAUCAAGGGCCAGUCAGAGGUGGUGUCAAAGCCCUGGGUUUGUGGCCUCGCUGCAUAAGCAUUCGGUCGCCACCCUCAGUUUCAGUGUGGAAGAGUAUCCUGUGCCAUUGGCUAGCCCAGGGUUUUCGUUGUGUUGACACAAAUGUAAUAACUAUAUUCUGCCAACAACACUUUUGCAGCUGGUUCCACUAAGACCUUGAGUCAAUAACUUCUCCUAGAUACUCCACAAUUAGGAGUUGAGUGAAGUUAACAGUUCAAAGGCUGUGUAUGGGCAGCUCUUGAUUAAGAUAGUGAGGAUUUCACUGGAGGCUUGUUAUGCAAGAGCAAGACAAACAUUAGAACAAGGAAAGACAGUUGGGAGACUUCUGACUAAUAAAGAGAUAUCAUGCCUUACAUUCUUGAAGUAUGGAGAAAUUAAUCAUUUAAAUCACUUUACACACUUAUCAACAUCCAGUCUAAGGCCAGAACCAACACUGGUCCUAUACUUUCUGUUUUGUGUAUACAUGGCCUUGGAAACCUAAAGCUGAAAUUGUGUGGAAAUAAUCUGUACAAUACAAAUAUGGAAGUAACAUGUCAAAACAUGGAGCAGUAGCAGUGGGUUGGUCAAUGUAUUUUGUUUAGCAUUUAGGUUCCUGCUCUUAAGCCCACAGAGAAAUGGUAAAGACCACUUUGGUUAUUAGCAGCCUUGGAGCCUCAUGCAGAAGCUUCCCCGUGUAGUGAAAAUCUUUCCCUUUUAUUUAAUUUUGUAAUUUAUUUAUUCAUUUCAGGUUUUGGUACGGACAAAAUUGUAAAUUUGUGGUUUAUGUAAUAUCCAGGAUAGCAUUCUGCCCUUCACAUGGCCAGAGACAAAUACACUUCUGAUCACAUUCUUGUGUCAGAAGUGUUACUGAUUUCCAUUCACACUCACCACCAAAAGUCAUUUGAGCCCUGUGGGUACUGAAUAGAAUAUUUCCAACCCAGGCUAGGCCUUGUUUAGAACCAUUUGUCAGUAAUGGAAUAUUCUUUAAAUCAUUCUUUAGCACUUUGUAAACUUUCUCACAUGGUGGGUUAUGUCACAGGCAUUGCUUUUUGUUCAGGGACACUUGAGCAUGAGGACUUGAUGCUAAACAAAAACCUCUCCUCCAUGGUGUUUGGCUCAUUUUCAAAUGUCAUAAGGAAGUGAUCUUUACUGUGAUGCUGUAAAGAGGAAUACACACUAUUUCUGGGAGAAACAAAUAAUAUUCACUCACAUCUUUUUUAAAGGAAA